CUAGGAGUGAGCCGGAGGAAAGGCGACAUUGGGAGCAUCGGGCGGCCGCAGCAGAGACGAUGGCAAGGACGAUUUAGAGACUGGCCUGAGGAGGGCCCCUCCGUCUGGCGCGGAAUGCAAUGUUGAUUCUGGGGCAUUGAUGUUUUACAAUGCCUGAUCAAGACAAAAAGGUGAAGACCACAGAAAAGUCAACUGAUAAAAAGCAGCAAGAAAUCACCACCAGGGACUAUUCAGAUCUUAAAAGGCUUCGGUGCCUUUUGAACGUCCAGUCAAGCAAACAACAGCUUCCAGCCAUCAACUUCGAUAGUGCCCAAAAUAGCAUGACAAAGUCUGAGCCUGCCAUCAAGGUGGGUGGACACAGACCUCGAGGUCAGUGGCAUGAGUCCACAGAAGCUGUUGAACUUGAAAAUUUUAGUAUAAACUACAAGAAUGAGAGAAAUUUCAGCAAGCAUCCACAGCAUAAACUAUUUCAGGAAAUAUUUACAGCAUUGGUGAAAAAUAGACUCAUAUGCAGAGAGUGGGUUAACCGAGCCCCAUCUAUUCAUUUUCUGAGAGUAUUAAUCUGUCUGAGACUUCUAAUGAGGGAUCCAUGUUACCAGGUAGAAUAAUUAUUCUGUGAGCAGAUGCCUACUUUGGUGAAGUUUAAGAAAAGCUGCGUAUUUCUUCUACUGGAGACAAUAUUGACUGGAAUCAUAUUAAAAGAUAAAAGGAGUCCUACAGUUAUUUGCUAAACUCUGUUUGACCUAGCUUUCCCAGAUUAUUUGGCCAUAAAUUUUUCUUUUCAUCUCAAAUGCCUAACAUCACCCAUUACACAAAAUGAAUUGAUUAUUGUCUGAACACAAUUUGGGAAUAUUGAUUAUUGGAAUGGUAUA